ACGAGGGCGACGAAGCCAAACACAAACACUUAAUUACGAUAAGAUCGUGGAGCAGCAGAAUCUGAGCCAGAAGAAGAAGAAGCUGCUGAAGAAGAAGGGGGAGGAGCUUCAGCAGGAAGACCAAUUCCAGGUGGAUGUGAAGGACCCUCGUUUCCAGGCCAUGUUCACCUCCCACCUCUUCAACCUGGACCCCUCCCACCCCAGCUACAAGAAGACCAACGCCACGCAGAGCAUCCUGACGGAGAAGCAGCGCCGCAGAGACGAGGAGCAGCGGCGCCUGGAGGACGGGCUCAGAGAUCAGGGGGAGGGAGCCGACAGGAAGCAGGUGGCGGGGAAGAAACGGGAAAAGGACCGUGACGCCGCGGCGGCGGUCGACCUCACCUCGAAGAAAGCGAUGGACCCGAGUCUGUCUAUGCUCGUCAAGUCGAUUAAAAGCAAAACGGAGCAGUUUCAGGCUC